AUGCCAGUAUCCCUAUUACUCCUGGCCGCCCUAUCCUCGCUGGCUCGAGCAUACCUCGUCAACAGCACAGAGUAUAGCUCUGGUGCUCUUGGCCGUGCUCCCGUCCAGACUUUCAAGUCUGUCAAUUUCACUGCUGCCGAGUGGAACUUCAACGUCUUCCCCUCUUCCGACCUUCCCUCCGGCUACAUUUUCCUCGCUCCCCGAGGAACUGAUGUCACUACCCCCACCGGCAUCAUUUACGACAGCAACGGCGAGGUUGUUUGGCAUGGCAAAGAAGCCGGGGUCGGACAGACAAUGUCCUUCUCCGUAGGAACAUACCAGAGAGAGCAGGUCAUCGCCACCUGGGGCGGAUCCUUCAACAGCAAUGGUUAUGGGGAUGGGCAUGGUCUGAUCUUUGAUCAAACUUAUAGCCUUAUUGCCAACCUGUAA